AUGACAGAGAAAGGUAGAUUACCGGUUGAAGUCAUCGCGAAUGCCAAGGGUCUGGCCAUAUUCUCGGGCUUCCGGGCCGCAAUGUAUCUUGCUGGCACUGGAGGUUCUGGUGUCGUCGUCGCACGUCUCGCUGAUGGAUCCUGGUCUCCCCCAUCUGCGUUUUCAGUCGUAUCGGGCGGGUUUGGCGUGGCAUACGGAGUUGAUGUGUACGAUUGCGUGUGCGUGCUCAACACACAAGAAGCGGUGGAUGCUUAUACGACGGGCGAAACGAAUCUGGGCGCUGGCGGUACCAUGGCUGCCGGGCCUAUUGGAGGUACCCCCCGCAUUAACAACAAGGAUGUCAAGCCGGUCUGGACAUACACCAAAUCGCGCGGCAUCUAUGGUGGCUUGACAGUGGACGGCACUAUAAUCAAGGAGCGAUCAGGUGUCAAUGCAGAAGCCUACGGGCCGAAUACCACAGCUGCGCAGAUCUUAAAGGGCGAGCCAAAGUGGCCGACAACCACACAACUUCCAGAGGUUUUGAAGAUGAGCGAAGGAAAGAGUGCGGAUGCGAAGGUUCUCGGCGCCGUCAGUACUGAACCGACGCCUGGCGAUCUAAAGGAGCUGUGA